AUGUCCGACGCCGGUAGCUUCGAGGUCGUCCAGCACGACGAGGCCCCCAAGCCCGCCGCCGCUGCUGCCACCACCUCGCCGAGCACAAAGUCCACCGCCUCAGCUGCCUCUUCCCUGAAGAAGCCCGCUUCGAGCUCUGGGACCACCGCCGCUGCCCGCCGCCCGACGACGUCUACCUCGAGCACCGGAAAGCCUGCGAGCACCACCUCCUCCACUACUUCUCGUGUCGCCGGCGGCCUGACCAAGCCUCCUACCCGUCCUCCCGGAAGCAGCUCCAGCACUGCCAGCAGCACCGUCCGCAAGCCCGCGAGCACCUCCUCCACGGCCACCCACCGCUCGCGACCCAGUGUAUCCGCCUCCGAGGACGAAUCCAAGAGGACAGCCCGGCGCACCUCCACUGUUCCCAGCAGCAGUGCCGCCUCCCCGAGCAAGGAGAGAAGGACUUCCACCCUUGGUACCGCCACGGCCGCCGCCAGGAAACCUGCCAGCUCCACCAGCAGCUCGUCCGCCGCUCCGCGACUCUCCUCGACGACAUCGCGCACUCCGAACUCGGUAGCCCCGCGUCCCUCCUCGAUCAGCUCCCGCUCCUCCGCGGCCACCAGUACCGGCGCCGUUGCCGAGGCCAAGAAGCGCCUGUCCACCGCCUCCACCUCGACCACCUCCUCCGCCGCUCCCAGACGGUCCAUCCGCCCCGAUUCGUCCGGCGCCUCCGAGGCCCUUGGAAAGGAGGUCGAGUCUCUCAAGGCCCAGCUCACCGAGAAGGAGACCCAGCUCGCGGACAAGGAGUCGCAACUGAACGAGCUCAAGACACAGGUCCAGCAGACUCAGGACAAGCUCACCCAGUACACCGACGGGGUGAACAGAGAUGCCGUUCAGGUGAGGAACGCCGUGUACAACAUCCAAAAGGCCCACCAGGACCAGGUUACCGAGUUGAAGGCUAAGCAGACGGAGCUCGAGAACCAGGUGGAUGAGGCCAAUGAACAUCUAAUGGCCACCGAUGCUGACUACGAGAAACAGCAGAGCGACUACACUGAGGCUGUUGCCGCCAAGGAAGCCGCCGAGGCCGAGCUUGCCUCGAUGAAGCAGUCCCUCGAAACGCUCCAAGCGGAGCACGACGAGAAGCUCAAGGAAAGCGAGUCCGCCCUGGCCAAGGCGUCGGAGGAGCACGCCGCCAAGCUUGAGGAGCUGCAGAGCUCCCUGACGGACCAGCACAAGUCUGCUAUUGACGCUCUUGAGGCCAAGCACAGCGAGGCGCUCAGCCAGGGCCAGUCCGCCUCCGCCGACAACGAGGAAGCGCUGUCCAAGAUGAAGGACAGCCACGAGACCGCCAUCGCCGAGCUCCAGAAGAAGAUUGACGAGCUCACCGCCUCCCAAACCGAGCUCGAGGCCGCUCACGAGAGCAAGGUCUCUGCCGAGGUCGAAUCGCACAACACCAAGCUCGCCGCUGUUGAGGGCGAGAUCGCCGAGCUCAAGACCAAGCUCGAGGCUGCCGAGAAGACAGCAGAGCAAGCCAAGGCUGACCUCGACGCCAAGACGGCUGAGCUGGCCGAGGUCCAGGCCAACGUCGCCGACCUGGAGAGCAAGCUUGCGGCUGCUGAGACCGACGUUGCGAAGGCCAAGGAGGAGGCUCUCGAGUUCCAGAAGCAGAUUGACAGCAUCAAGGAGGAGAUCACUGCCAAGGACGAGGCCCUGGAGAAGGCCAAGGCGGAGCACUCCGCCCAGGUCAAGAAGCACGAUGCCGAGCUCAAGCAGAUUUCCCAGGACUACGAGGAGGAGAUUGAGUCCCUCAAGGGAGACGCCUUCUUCAAGCGCAAGUUCCAGGAUCUCGAGGUCAAGCACACCGAGCUCGAGACUGAGCAUGGCGACCUGAAGACCAAGCACACCGAGCUGGAAUCGCAGCAUAGCGACCUCACCAACAAGCACGGCGAGCUGGAGUCGAAGCACACCGAGCUGACCACCAAGCACGGCGAACUCGAGACCCAACAUGGCGAUCUUUCCAAGAGCCUCGCUGACGGCACCGAGACAAGCACCAAGGCUCUCGAGGCGGCCAAGGCUGAGCUUGCCGCCGCUGUUGCUGCCCUGGAAGCACGGGAGGCCGAGCACCAAAAGGCGCUCGACGCCAUUCGCGCUAGCCAUGCUGAGGAACUGGAGGGCGCCAAGAGCGGAGCUUCUGCCGACAAGGAUGCUCAGCUUGCCGAGCUCCAGAUCCUCAAGGACAGCCAUGCGAAGCAACUGGAGAUUCUUAAGGCCGACAGCGAAGCCAGCCUUGCCAAGGAGCUUGAGGCUCUCAAGGCCUCUCACUCUGAAGUUGUCGAGGCUCUCCAUGCGGAGACUGCCGGCGACAAGGAGAAGCUGCUCGCCGAGAUCGCUGCCGAGAGAGAGAAGGCCCUGGCGGAGAGCACUGGCAACAAGGAAGAGCUUCUUGCUGCUCACAAGGAGGAGCUCGAGUCCAUCACCAAGAAAUUGCGUGCCGAUCACGAAGCCGAGCUCGCUGAGCUCAAGGAGAAACUGGCGAGCUCUCACGAGGCUGAGCUCGAGGAGGUCAAGACUAAGCUACAGCAGUCGCACCAGGCUGGAAUCGAGGAGGCCAAGGCCAAGCUUGCCGAGGCCCACCAGGCCGAGCUGGCUGCCGCGAAGCAGGCUGGCGACAGCGCGCACACCGAGGAGCUCUCUACCCUCAAGCUUCAGCUCGACGAGGCUCUGACCCGCAUCCGCGAGACAGAGACUUCGAGCGCGGCUGCUCUUGCCGAGGCCAAGAGAAACCUCGACGACUCUCACUCGGCCGAGGUUGAGAAGCUCAUCUCCAGCCACGCCGAGCAGCUUGAGGCACUGAAGCAGCAGAGCUCCUCUGGAGCCCGGGCUGAGCUCGAAGAGAUCAACAAGGCUCACUCCAAGGUUGUGGAGGAGCUGACUAGCCAGUAUGAGGCCAGAAACGAGUCGCUUGCCAAAGAGAUUGAGAAGAUCUCGGCCGAUGCCUCCAAGCUCGAAUCUGCCCUCCAGGCUGCCAAGGAGUCCGUUGCCCAGGCGGAGGCUGACAAGACCAAGACCCAAGCUAGCGCGGCCGAGCUCGAGGCUGCUCUCUCCGCUGCCAAGGACUCCAUCAAAAAGGCCGAGACGGAGAAGGCCAGUCUCGAGGAAGAGCUCGGCGAGCUCGGUGCCAUGAUCUCGGUUGAGAAGAUGGCGCGCGCCGAGGCUGAAGCGGCUCUCGAUGCCGUCAAGAACAAGACGCCCGACACUGCUGAGGCAGACAACCUCCGUGAACAACUGAACAACACCAAGAAGGGGCUUGAGCAGGAGCUCACUGUAGUGCAAAAGAGCCUCACCAUUGCCAAGCAGGAGGUCGAGGAUGUCAAGGAGGACCUGCUGCUCGCGCAAAAGGAGCUUGAGGCAUCUCAGUUUGAGGCCGACAAGCAGCUCAAGACCUACAAGGCCGACUACGAGGAGCUCAACGACACAAUGACCAAGAUUGUGGAGGAGGAGCAGGCCAAGCGCAGAGCGCUGGAGGAGCAGGUUGAGAGCCUGAGAAAGUCAUUGGCCGACAAGGAGAAGGGCGUUGAGGAGUUCCAGGCGCAACUCAAGGUCAAGGAUGCUGAGAUUGCAGAGGCCAAGGCCAACGCAUCGGCUGCCAAGCCCAAGGGACUUGCGGCCAGCAGAUUUGCCGUUGGCGACGACGAAGACGACGAGGCGGACGGCUCAGCGGCCAAGCCCGCGGAAGGUGAGGAAGAAGACCAUUCCUCCGAGGCACUGGCUGUGCUACAACGAGCUAGAGUCAACGCGAACCAGAUCCACAAUAUGGACCGCGACAUGCAGGAGAAGAACCUGGCCAUGCUGGAGUCCAUUACAGAUUUCCAGCAAUCACCGCACCUCAAUAACAACAAUAACAACUAG